UCGCAUGUGCGGGGACGUAAGUAAGCGACCCUGGAUAACUCCGUCUUAUAUCUAGAUGGGAAAGAAUAAUACCUGCUACCACCGCUGACGCGUGCGCCUUUGACGAUUUCUCAGACCCUCAUUUGUAUGUCAUAUGCCGCUUGGUUUCUCCACAUAUUCCUCUAUCUUGUCAAGGAAGACAGUAUCGUUUGACUUCAAUGUCUUCCCCAGCUCUAUAACGCAACCAGAUGUCCAGGCAGCCCAAGCUCUGUCCGAAGUCACAGAUGCCAGGAUUCCUAGGUGCUCUGCCGGAAUUCAGCCCAACGACAUCUAUCCCGGGCUUCGAGACAUUUCCAGGGACAGUAGAAGUGAAGGAGCAUAAUCGUAUAUUCCGGGUGAAGAGGAAACAUGUCUUAAAGGCUUGUGACCGGUGCAGGGUCAAGAAGACCAAGUGUGAUGGCAACCAACCUUGCAAUCGAUGCUCAACAUACAAUCACCCUUGCCUCUUCCGGGAGAGAAAGGCAACUCAGACGAAAGUCUAUUCCAGAGAGUGCCGUUGCGCCCCUUCCAGUUUUGUCGAGAUGCUCGAAUCCCAGCAUUCACUCGUUGUCAAAGCGCUCCAGAGGCUAUACAAGCAUUGUAUAAACAAUGAAGGGUUUCCAGGAGAGCCUCUUGUCGAUGUUGCUGACGGACAUCCCCUAACGCAUGCAAUUUUGGACCGCUUGGGACUCAUCAAACAAGCGGAGGAAGGCACAGAUGAACACAGCGAGAGUAAUGAAGAGCCACUCCAGUGUCUACGACAGUUGUCCACCUCGACUGACUACACCGGCACGGUAGAGCCGUCCCCGGAGCCAGCAAGCCCACGCGAGUCCAGGGAAUUCGGGCCGGAGAUUUCGCCAACUGCAGGAGACGUCUGCAAAUGGGAUCUUCCAUCAAUGCGCACUGAGCAGCAUAGCGUUUAUCCUCGAUGUGACUACAUUGGUCAAGUCCAACAUGCAACUACGACCGACAGACUCUAUCAGCCGCCCAUUGUCCUCAGCGACGCAAGCAGAUGUCCCGAUGUAUAUUAUCAGACUGACAUUUGCAAUGCAAGCAGUAGGCCAAGCCACCUACAUGCCGGCACAGUACCAUGGCUAGGCCCCUAUCAAGGAACGGUUCAGCCAUCUAUCGACACCCUCAGCCACUAUCAACUUCCGCUGGGACAACAGCCCUACCUUGUCGAUAACGUUGGGUUACCCUCCGGCUGGACAUAUCCAACUGAACACUGAAAGGCAUUCUAAUGGCAAACGGAUACAUCGUGCUUUCUCCCUUGUGCUCUCCCAGCCUCCUCCACGGCAAGUGCUGCUUCUGAGCAGGGAGAACAGGAAAGUCCAGGACGCUGGCAUUGGUCUUGAACACAGUUGCCGCAAAUAAACGACUUCUUAUCUUGCCGUCUUCGCACUCUUUCCAGUUGAAAUUUGCCUUUUCGAUUUCUUAGUCGUCAUUGCUCAAUGUUUCUCCUGUAUUUCCGGCAGAGUACAUUGGAAACUCGUCGAUCAGGUAAUCCAGGCUCUGUCAAACAUUUACUCUCCGCCAUAGGAGUCAACCAGCGAGGAUGACAGCAACUCUCGGAAAUUCGAUGUCAACUU